AUGUAUCGUAAUCUGAAUACCAACAAAUACGACUGGAAAAAUUGGAGAUUCCAUCUGCAACAAAAGAGGAAAUUCACCUUCGAAUCGUUGAAACGACCAGAACCAUGUGAAUUGGUGAACGAUUACACGAGUCAAAGUUCUGUACACGGACUUCGAUAUGUUUCAAAUGUUAAAGCCAGCAUAAUAGAAAAAGCAUUCUGGGUAGGGGCAUUAAUGAUAUGCACAUUGGCAGCGUGUUUAUUAGCUGGACAAUUGUGGAAAAGAUAUCUCACAAUACCCACAGUUUUGGUGGUGAAGGAUACUCAUUUACCUCUAUACUUAUUUCCAUUUCCAUCGAUUACCGUAUGCCCGGCGAAUAAGGUAAAAAAAUCAGUCGCAAUGGAGUAUUUUUCAAGAUACAUUGAUAUAGAUGAAGAUGAAACUAGAGAAGACUUGCUGCAUGUAAUUAGCGCAUUAUCUAUGAUGCAACAACCAACAUAUUUUAGAAUGAAGCCUCAUGUGAGGAAAAGCCAAUACCUGUUACCCCAUUUAAAAAAUAUCAAUGUGACAGACUUCAUGUUGGCUACCCUACCUACAUGCUCCGAAGUGUUCGCUGUAUGCAACUGGCACGGUGAAGAAGUGAACUGCUGCGAUGUAUUCUCUUUACAGCGGACGGAAGAAGGAUUUUGUUAUUCUUUUAAUUCUCUCACCUCGGAGGGAGGAAAACACUGUCCUUUAUCAGAGGUCCUAGAAAACGAAGGAAUAGUCGAAGAAGAUGAUAUAAUGUAUGAAGGAUGUCAGCUACGUAGGAAUACUGCAGUUGGUACGGUGACGGGGCUGGAAGUUUUCAUUUACAAAUCAAAUGAGUCAGAAACCUUGGAAUAUGGUCAAAAGGACCUGAAUGGGAUUCGAGUAAUAGUACACACAUCUUACGAAUAUCCGAAUGCUGGCGAUGGAAUUUGGGUUAAGGAAGAACAACGUAAACGUGUCAGCAUCACUACUUACCCGUAUAUAACCGUCACCAGUGACAAUGUAAAAAAUUUAGAAAUAGCUAAACGCGGUUGCGUAUUUCCGGAUGAGAUGGAUUUGCAUGUUUAUCACGUUUACACCGAAAGCUCGUGCUUGAUCGAGUGUCGAUUUAAAUACAUUGCCAAUAAAUGUAAUUGUUACAUGUAUUACUUUCCACCUCCAGAUGACGAAAAGCCAAUAUGCGGCACAUUACACUUGGAGUGUAUCGUCGGCCAUGCUCCUUACAUGAGACUGCAACGACCACCAGAAAAUACCCCUGGAUUUAAUAAAGAAGAUAUGAGAAGGUCGUUAAAUUGUUCGCACUGUAUUCCAACUUGUUACGAAACUGAACACGAUUUAGAAGUAGAUUUCUUAGCAGAUUCUCAUUGGUUGUCGCGUGUCUAUUAUGGCCAUUUGGAUGUCGCCUAUGGGAAUCUAGGUGCCACGAAAUAUCAACGUGAUAUUACAUUCACAUGGACUGAUCUGCUCGUUUCACUGGGCGGAGUUGCUAAUUUAUUCCUCGGAUUCAGUUUAUUAAGCGUCGUCGAAUUCAUUUAUUGGGUUAUCAAGAUUGCAUUGAUUGUGAUUUGGAAACAUUACAAAAGGAAACAAAAACUGAAUAAAAUUCUUCCUCUCAUACGUUUAAAGUAUUGUAAUGAUCCGUUUCCAUUUGACAAUUCGAAAAAAUAA